AUGACCGUCUGCGUCCCUUGUCCCGGAGGACAUGUCUGUCCAAUAGGGGGCAGCGCUCUGAUUCAGUGUCAACCUGGGUUCUACUCGGACACUGGCCAGUGCACCAUAUGUCCUGCUGGUCACUACUGCCCAGACGUGGGGAUGUUUCAACCUGUUCAGUGUCCACUUGGUCACUACCAAAUGUACACUGGUGGCCUGAACUGCACAGAAUGUCCAGUUGGCCACAGAUGUCCCAGUAUAUAUUCCCCACCAGAAGUCUGUUCAAGUGGUCAGUAUCAGAACCAGUCAGGAAUGUCCAGUUGUCUCCCAUGUCCUGGUGGUCACAAGUGUCCUGAUGAGAGUCCUACCCCUUUGGUUUGUCCAGUGGGGUCUUAUGCAGCAGCUGGUAGUUCAACAUGUACCAUAUGCCCCUCUGGUCACUACUGUCCAGAUGCAGGCUUGGUCCAGCCUUUCUUGUGUCCAUCUGGUCAUUAUCAAACAGUUAGUGGCAGUGUGGGCUGUAUUGAAUGUCCAAAGGAUCACAAGUGUCCCAGCGUGAAGGGUCCCCCAGAACCUUGUCUGACUGGUCAGUAUCAGAACCAGACUGGAAUGACCGCUUGUCUAGCUUGCCCAGGUGGACAUGAGUGUCCACUUGGUGGGGAUUCCAUCCAGAAAUGUCCAGUUGGCUACUUCGCUUAUCCAGGAAGCUCUAGCUGUACAGUAUGCCCUACUGGUCACUACUGUCCAGAUGCAGGCAUGGUCCAGCCUGUCCAGUGUCCAGAUGGUCACUAUCAGUCAUCCACUGGGAGUACAAGUUGUUCUGAAUGUCCAACAGGUCACAGAUGUCCGAGUAUUUACUCCCCACCAGAACCUUGUUUGUCUGGUCAGUAUCAGAACCAGACUGGAAUGUCCAGUUGUCUGCCAUGUCCUGGUGGACACAAAUGUCCAGAUGGAGGUGGACAUCUAAUCCAGUGUCCAGUUGGCUAUUAUGCUGAGUCAGGAAGCUCUAGCUGUACAAUAUGCCCCGCUGGUCACUACUGUCCAGAUGUGGGCAUGGUCCAGCCUGUCCAGUGUCCAGAUGGUCACUAUCAGACAUCCACUGGAAGUACUGCAUGUAAUGAAUGUCCUACAGGUCACAGAUGUCCUAGCAUAUAUUCCACACCAGAUCCAUGUGCCAGUGGUCAGUAUCAGAACCAGACUGGAAUGUCCAGUUGUCUGCCAUGUCCUGGUGGUCAUCAGUGUGCAGUAGGGAGUGACCCCCCAGUGAUGUGUGCACCAGGAGAGUAUGCUGAGGCAGGAAGUACCCGUUGUACCAGGUGUCCCGCUGGUCACUACUGUCCAGAUGCAGGCAUGGUCCAGCCUGUCCAGUGUCCAGAUGGUCACUAUCAGACAACUUUAGGGAGCACAAGUUGUUUGGCUUGCCCUCAAGGUCACAGAUGUCCCAAUAUAUACUCCCCACCAGACUCUUGCUCUGCUGGUCAAUAUCAACACCAGACUGGAAUGUCCAGUUGUCUGCCAUGUCCUGGUGGUCAUAAAUGCCCCGUGGGCAGUGUAUCAACUACGGUGUGUCCAGCUGGGAAGUAUGCAGAUCUUGGAAGUUCCAGUUGUAAUAACUGCCCCACUGGUCACUACUGUCCAGAUGCAGGCAUGGUCCAGCCUGUCCAGUGUCCAGAUGGUUACUAUCAAACCACUUUAGGGGGCACUAGUUGUACUGAAUGUCCAGCAGGUCACAGAUGCCCCAGUAUAUACUCCCCACCAGAACCUUGUCUGUCUGGUCAGUAUCAGAACCAGACUGGAAUGUCCAGUUGUCUACCAUGUCCUGGUGGACACAAAUGUCCAGUUGGUAGCAGUCCACCUGAGGAGUGUCCAGUUGGUCAUCACGCUGACAUUGGAAGUUCUACCUGUGACACCUGCCCCAUUGGUCACUACUGUCCAGAUGUGGGCAUGGUCCAGCCUGUCCAGUGUCCAGAUGGUCACUAUCAGACAGCGCUUGGGAGUACGAGCUGUGUGGAUUGCCCUGUUGGACACAGAUGCCCUAAUGUCUAUAACAUGCCAGAACGCUGUCUGUCUGGUCAGUAUCAGAACCAGACCGGAAUGUCCAGUUGUCUGCCAUGUCCUGGUGGACACAAAUGUCCAGUUGGUAGCAAUCCACCUGAGGAAUGUCCAUUUGGUUAUCACGCUGACCUUGGAAGUUCUACCUGUGACACCUGCCCCACUGGUCACUACUGUCCAGAUGGUGGCAUGGUCCAGCCUGUCCAGUGUCCAGAUGGUCACUAUCAGACAUCCACUGGGAGCACAAGUUGUACUGAAUGUCCAACAGGUCAUAGGUGCCCCAGUGUGUACUCCCCACCUGAGCCUUGUUUGACCGGUCAGUACCAAAACCAGACCGGAAUGGUCAGUUGUGAAGUAUGUCCAGGGGGGUACAGAUGCCCAGGAGGAAAUGCCCCACCUGUGAAAUGUCCAGUUGGUCACUUUGCUAAUAUUGGAAGUUCUACCUGUGCCAGCUGCUCUACGGGUCACUAUUGUCCAGAUGCAGGCAUGGUCCAGCCUGUUCAGUGUCCAGAUGGUCACUAUCAGACGUCCACUGGGAGCGUUAGUUGUACUGAAUGCCCAAUAGGUCACCGCUGUCCCAAUAUAUAUAUGGAGCCAGAGGCGUGUUUGUCUGGGCAGUACCAAGGUCAGGCCGGAAUGAUGGCUUGUCUUCCAUGUCCAGGUGGACACCAUUGUCCAGAUGGAAGCGACCCUCCUAUCCAGUGUCCAGUUGGUUAUUUUGCUGAGGCACGAAGCUCUAGUUGUACAGUGUGCCCCACUGGUCACUACUGUCCAGAUGUGGGCAUGGUCCAGCCUGUCCAGUGUCCAGAUGGUCACUAUCAGGCGUCCACUGGGAGCACUGCAUGUUUAGAGUGUCCUCAAGGUCAUAGGUGUCCUAGUAUAUAUGCAUUGCCAGAACCAUGCCUCCCUGGUCAGUAUCAGAUCCAGACUGGAAUGGCCACUUGUCUGCCAUGCCCAGGUGGUCACCAGUGUCCAGUAGGCAGUGACCCACCGGUCAAGUGUCCAGUUGGUUCCUUUGCCAGCACUGGAAGCUCAAGCUGUACCCUCUGCCCCACUGGUCACUACUGUCCAAAUACUGGCUUGUCCGCAGCUGUCCAGUGUCCAUCUGGUCAUUAUCAGUCCGACACUGGAAAAGAGAAUUGUACAGAGUGCCUUAUAGGUCAUAGAUGUCCCAGUAUAUACUCGCCUCCAGUACCUUGCCUUACUGGUCAGUAUCAGAACCAGGCUGGGAUGACCACCUGUGUCGCUUGUCCAGGUGGACAUGAGUGUCCAGUUGGCAGUGAUCCCCCAAUUCAGUGUCCAGCAGGUUACUAUGCCAACAUAGGGAGUUCAACAUGCGCUAUCUGCCCCACUGGUCACUACUGUCCAGUUGCUGGUAAUGUCCAGCCCAUACAGUGCCCAGCCGGUCACUACCAGCCUUAUGCAGGUAGAUUAAAUUGCACGGAGUGUCCAAUAGGCUAUAGCUGUCCUAGCCCAGUCCAGUUUCCAGAGGCAUGCAUAGCAGGACAAUACCAAAACCAGACAGGCAGGACAGCAUGUCGACAGUGUCCAGAUGGCUAUUACCAGACUGGCCAGGCCCAGGAAUAUUGUUUGGAGUGUCCAGAAGGCCACAGCUGUGGUAACCCCGAGGGUCACCCAGUGCCCUGCCACCCUGGUCAGUACCAGAAUGACACUGGAAUGACCAGCUGUAAACAGGUCAGUUAUGUCACAGUCACAAUGAAUGGUCUAAACAUAUUUCUGAGAGCUGAGUAA